GGCUCGUGGGCCUAGGGAGAAGGAGGGAUUCUGAGGCUGGCACGGGGAAGACAGAGGGAGUGUGUGUGUACCCCGGGGUGGGGGAGUCCCGGGGGGGGGAGGCUUGGGAAGUCCGUGAAGAGUGCACACCAUGGCAGUGCCUGACCGGGCUGCCCGAAUCAAUGACAAGCUCGGCCACGGUGGGCUGAGUCAAGCCCCCGCGGCGGGCCAGGACUGCCCAAGUUGCGCGGGCCGCGCAUCGCCGCGGGACUCCAGCUGCCGCGCCUGCUGGGGAGAUGUGUUUCUGCAGCCGCUCCGGCGCUCCCGGAAACUUUCCUCAGCGCUGUGCGCGGGCUCCCUGUCCUUUCUGCUGGCGCUACUGGUGAGGCUGGUCCGCGGUGAGAUCGGCGGUGACCUGAAGCAGAGUAAGGAGGCGGCGGCGGAGGAGGAGGAGGAAGCCGCCCCGGGAGCAGAAGGGGGCGUCUUCCCGGGGCCUCGGGGAGGUGCUCCCGGGGGCGGCGCGCAGCUCAGCCCCUGGCUGCAGCCCUCAGCGCUGCUCUUCAGUCUCCUAUGUGCCUUCUUCUGGAUGGGCUUGUACCUCCUGCGCGCCGGGGUGCGCCUGCCUCUGGCGGUUGCGCUGCUGGCCGCCUGCUGCGUGGGGGAAGCGCUCGUCCAGAUUGGGCUGGGCGUCGGGGACGAUCAUUUACUCUCGCUCCCAGCUGCGGGAGUGGUGCUCAGCUGCUUGGCGGCCGCGACAUGGCUGGUGCUGAGGCUGAGGCUGGGCGUCCUCAUGAUCGCCUUGACUAGCGCGGUCAGGACCGUGUCCCUCAUUUCCUUAGAGAGGUUCAAGGUCGCCUGGAGACCUUACCUGGCGUACUUGGCCGGCGUACUGGGGAUCCUCCUGGCCAGGUACGUGGAGCAAAUCUUGCCGCAGUCCGCGGGAGCGGCCACAAGGGAGCAUUUUGGGUCCCAGCUGAUUGCUGGGACCAAGGAAGAUACCCCGGUGUUUAAAAAGAGGAGGCGGUCUAGCUCCGUGGUGUCCGCCGAGAUGUCAGGGUGCAGCAGCAAGACCCAUCGGAGGACCUCCCUUCCUUGCAUACCGAGAGAACAGCUCAUGGGGCAUUCAGAAUGGGACCACAAACGAGGGCCCAGAGGAUCACAGUCUUCAGGAACCAGUAUUACUGUGGAUAUUGCCGUGAUGGGCGAGGCUCACGGCCUCAUUACCGACCUCCUGGCAGACCCUUCUCUGCCCCCCAAUGUGUGCACGUCCUUGAGGGCAGUAAGCAACCUGCUCAGCACUCAGCUCACCUUCCAGGCCAUUCACAAGCCCAGAAUGAAUCCUGCUGUUUCCUUCAGUGAAAACUACACCUGUUCUGACUCUGAAGAAAGCUCUGAAAAAGACAAGCUGGCUAUUCCCAAGCGCCUGAGAAGAAGUUUGCCCCCGGGUUUGUUGAGACGGGUUUCCUCGACUUGGACCACCACCACCUCAGCCACAGGCCUCCCCACUUUGGAGCCGGCCCCAGUACGGAGGGAUCGCAGUGCCAGCAUCAAGCUGCAUGAAGCACCUUCAUCCAGUGCUGUUAGUGCUGAUUCCUGGAAUAACCCAGUGAUGAUGACCCUCACCAAAAGCAGAUCCUUCACUUCGUCCUACGCUGUUUCUGCAGCUAACUAUGUAAAGGCUAAAAAGCCAAAUCGACCAGGGACUCCAGCCAGCAGUCCGGUCAGCAAAAUUUCUGCAGUGCAGUUUCCAGAAUCGGCCGACACAACGACUAAACAAGGCCUGGGUUCUCACCGGGCAUUAAGUUAUACUCAGAGUGCCCCUGACCUCUCGCCUCAGAUACUGACUCCACCUGUGAUAUGCAGCAGCUGUGGCAGGCCAUAUUCCCAGGGGAAUCCUGCUGAUGGGCCCCUGGAGAGAAGCGGUGCAGCCCUUCGGACACCAAGCAGAGCAGAGGACACUGCUCAAGUUACCUCUGAUUAUGAAACCAAUAACAACAGUGAUAGCAGUGAUAUUGUACAGAAUGAAGAUGAGACCGAGUGCCCAAGAGAGCCUCUGAGGAAAGCGUCGGCUUGUAGCACCUACGCACCUGAGACCAUGCUAUUCCUGGACAAACCAAUUCUUGCUCCUGAACCUCUUGUCAUGGAUAACUUGGACUCAAUCAUGGAGAAGCUAAAUACUUGGAAUUUUCCGAUUUUUGAUUUGGUGGAAAAAAUAGGAAGAAAAUGUGGCCGUAUUCUUAGUCAAGUAUCAUUCAGACUUUUUGAAGACAUGGGCCUCUUUGAAGCUUUUAAAAUUCCAGUUAAGGAAUUUAUGAAUUACUUUCAUGCUUUGGAGAUCGGAUACAGGGAAAUCCCUUACCAUAACAGAAUCCAUGCCACCGACGUCUUACACGCUGUUUGGUAUCUUACUACGCAACCUAUCCCAGGCCUCUCAACUGUGAUUAAUGAUCACGGAUCAGCAAGUGAUUCAGAUUCUGACAGUGGAUUUACACAUGGACAUAUGGGAUAUGUAUUUUCAAAAAUGUACAAUGUGCCGGAUGAUAAAUAUGGAUGUCUGUCUGGAAAUAUCCCCGCCUUAGAGUUGAUGGCACUGUAUGUGGCGGCAGCCAUGCAUGACUAUGAUCACCCGGGAAGGACUAAUGCAUUCCUCGUUGCAACUAGUGCUCCACAGGCGGUGCUCUAUAAUGAUCGCUCAGUUUUGGAGAAUCAUCACGCAGCUGCUGCAUGGAGUCUUUUCAUGUCCCGGCCAGAGUAUAACUUCUUAGUUAACCUUGACCAUGUGGAAUUUAAGCAUUUCCGUUUCCUUGUCAUUGAAGCAAUUUUGGCCACUGACUUGAAGAAACACUUUGACUUUGUGGCCAAAUUUAAUGCCAAGGUGAACGAUGAUGUUGGAAUAGAUUGGACCAAUGAAAAUGAUCGUCUACUGGUUUGUCAAAUGUGCAUAAAGUUGGCUGAUAUCAAUGGGCCAGCUAAAUGUAAAGAGCUCCAUCUUCAGUGGACAGAGGGUAUUGUCAAUGAAUUUUAUGAACAGGGUGAUGAAGAGGCCAGCCUUGGAUUACCAAUAAGCCCUUUCAUGGACCGUUCUGCUCCCCAGUUGGCCAACCUUCAGGAAUCCUUUAUCUCUCAUAUUGUGGGUCCUCUAUGCAACUCCUAUGAUUCGGCAGGAUUAAUGCCAGGGAAAUGGGUGGAAGACAGUGAUGAGUCAGGAGAUACCGAUGACCCAGAAGAAGAAGAGGAGGAAGAAGAUGCACCAAAUGAAGAGGAAACCUGUGAAAAUAAUGAAUCUCCAGGAAAGAAAACUUUCAAAAGGAGGAAAGUCUACUGCCAAAUAACUCAGCACCUCCUACAGAACCACAAGAUGUGGAAGGAAGUCAUUGAGGACGAGCAGCGGUUGGCGGGCAUCGAAAAUCAGUCCCUGGACCAGUCUCCCCAGCAGCAUUGCUCAGAACAGAUCCAGGCCAUCAGGGAAGAAGAAGAAGAAAAAGGGAAGCCGAGAGGAGAGGAGAGCCCAACCCCAAAGCCCAGCCAGUGACAAUGGACAGAAUGAGCUGUGUUUCCAAACCAAGUGACUUGUCACGGACUCUUCAAGCCAGCACAACACUUAGACACAACACUGUAGAAAUACAAGAAGAUGGGCAAAUGGCUAUUGCAUUUUGAGAUUCUUCGCAUUUUAUGUGUUUAUUUUUACAGUGAGGUACAUGGUUAAAAACUCUUGCUCAGAGAAGCUUUCACAUUGCAACACCAGCUUGUAAGGAUUUUUUUUUUUUAAGGAAAUAUAUUUGUGUGUGUGUAUAUAAGCUCUCACAUAGAUACACGUAAAACAGUUUCACACACACACAUACACACUGAAAGCCAGGAUUACUGGCUCCACAAUUUAGUAGCAUUGAUAUUAAGAUAUAUAGUGGUCACUGUGAUAUAAUAAAUCAUAAAGGAAAAAUAAAGGAAAGCAAAGUAAAUGGUGCGGCUUAGCAGGGGAACAGUGCAGCAAAUGUAGGCUACAACUAAGAAGCUUUUGCUCUUAGUACUAAGGGAUAAAAUUCCAGAGAAUUAUUUGAAUUCUUAUACAUCCUGCCAACAUUGUGUGUGUGUGUGUGUGUGUGUGUGUGUGAGAGAGAGAGAGAGAGAGAGAGAGAGAGAGAGAGAGAGAGAGAGAGAGAGAGAGAAAUAGGAUUGAAAGGGUGCUUGUGUGUAUGUAUAUUUGCGUGUAUGUAAAGAGAGAUUUUUGUGGUUAGUAGUUCGUAGAACUCCACCGGCAGAUGACUCAGCACAUGUGAACAAACAGAAGGGAGUUUACUCUGGAGUGUCUUAGGCAGCCAUUCCAAAAGCCAUCCUCCAUUUAGUUGCAAUAAAGGUCUCUGCAGAGGGAGGGUAUUCACAGGCUUGGUGAGAGGGCCACGUGAUUGGUACUACUGCUACACACCACUUGGAGGCUCUCUGUCACCAGCCUUCAACCUUCCAGUCUACUCGCCUCGUGAAUGUAUAGGAGCUGUUUGUCUCUGAGUAUGUCUGUCACUCAACCUGAGAUCAAAUCACCAUUUAAGUGGAUGGCAUUCUUUGUUCAUAAACACCUAAGAAGGAGCUGGAGUCGGGUCUUUUAAUCAGGUUAGAACUCUAAAAGCUUUUCAGAAAAACGUGGGAACUUGCUCGUAAGAGUGAUCUCCCAUGUCUUAACUUGCUACAAAUGUGUGUGGUAGUAAAAGAAAAAAAGAAAGAACAGCAAACAGAAACCCACUACAGGAUACGUAGCGAGAGAUGAAGGGGAAAUUUUCAACCUAGGGUUUGAUGUUUGUUGAUGUAGUGAAAGUCCAAUUUUUGGCAACUAUUGAAGAUUGGCUUUUUUUGGGUGGUAAAGGUCCCACUGACCAACCCUGUUGUGGUAUUCCACAUGCUGUGUAAGGGGUAGCUUCUAUCUGCAAUCCAGCCCAUUGUCAUGCUUCUUUUGGCAGGGAAGAUUACGGAAGGAUUUUGGGGGACUGGGCCUAUUAUUGAAAGUUUUUUUUUUUUUUUUUUUUUUUUUUUUGGUUUGUUUAUCUACACUUGUUUAUGCUGUGAGCCAAACCUCUAUUUAAAAAGUUGAUAUUCACUUUCAAUAUUUUAUUUCAUAUUAUUAUAUUUGUCAUGAAUAGUUAUCUUGAUGUAAAUAUAAAGAUUUUUUGUUUGUUUCUGUAGAUAGUAAGCUUUUUUAAAAAAAGGGAAAAUGAAACAUUUUUAUAAAGUUAUAUUUUAAUCACCAUUUUUAUACAUCGAAGCUAUCUCCAAGCCCAGUAAGACAGUGAUGAUUCAUUUGCAUGGAGGUCUAUGGACAGCCACUCAUCUACCUAUUCUAAUGUCUAUGAUAAUCUGAUACAGUUAUUUUGUGCCAAUUAAAUGAGGAUGCUGCAAUGAAUGUUUAUUCACUAGUAACUUUUCCUAACUUUUGGGUAACCUUUGGGUCCAUGACUCCCAAGUGAAAGACUUUUAUAAUCAACACCGAAUGCCUAUCAUUGGUGUCUAUUUCUUCACAAUACUUUUUGGUUAUAACUCUUCCUUCAGUACCCUAUACUCUAUGCUCAUCAUCUAAACAAUCUUAGCUUCUAAGUAAACCUUAAUUGUGAUUUCUACUUUUUAUUUCCUCUGAAGUCAUAGAAGAGUGUUUACAUUAAAAAUGCCUUUGUUUCUCAUAAAUGGUUAUUUUUCCCUUCUGAAGCAAUGAAUUUACAAUAAUCUAUGGCAUUUUCAAACUAGACAAAGAUAAUACAAUCAGAAGUAAACAUAGUUUCAAGGCAAAUUUCCCAAUAAGUAGGAAAAUGUGGAAAGGAUCAAACUGAUGCAGACUCUACCUAAAUAAUGAGAAUAAUUAUUUUUUGCAAAUUUUUUGAGUUAACACCAGGUCUUAAUUAUCUAGGACUUACUGUGUUGUUUUCCAUUUUAUUUGUAUUACCUGUGUGCCUCUAUGUUUGCAAAAGUUACUGUGAGUCAAAUACAUUUCCCCAGUGAACUUAAUUCUUCUCCUUCCUUUGCAAAUAAGAGAAGAAAAACACACACACACACACACACACACAGAAGUUAUACUCACAUACCCUUUGUAUCUAAUUCCUUAACAAAACUAAUUUUUUCCCUUUCUCCAAAUGCCAUUCAUCUCUAAAAUAAAUAUAAGUUGAGGAAAAAUCUAGGAGUGGAGUAAGCAGAAUGUCAGGAAAACAGUUGAGCCUAUAACUGUAUUGGCAGCUUCAUCUAAGUUGCAUGGCCCCAAGUAGGGUCAGUCUGGCUGCCAAAGCAGAGGUCUUAGCAAACUGCCUGGUUUUGUUUGUUUUGUUUUGUUUUGAAGUACAUGAAAUAGUGAUGACCAAAGCAGUUAGAACCUCUUCAUUCCAUAAUUGUGUUCAUCAGUGUAGGAAAAUUGAUCAUUUUUUCUUCAAAAAUAAAUUUCCAGUAUAUUGAAGAUAGAAAUCAUUUGAAAUAAAGGAAUGGAGGUUCAUCAAGUAUGUAACUUUCAUACACACCCAGUACAUCCCAAAGGAUACUUAGGGAUGUAACAAUAAUAGUUUUUGCUAGUGAAGUUCUCUCCCUCCUUGGCGACAGCAAUAUUACGUGUUCACUUCCAACUCCAGAGCUUAAUUCCUUAAAAAUGUAUUUGUUGCAAUUUCCUACAUUUUUAUCUGAGUCUAUUUAUAGGUGCCAUUAGAUAAACUCAGGUCUUUCAAAUGAAGCAAUUUCUAGCCCAGUUAGGGAAAAAGUAUAAUUGUAUAGACAGCCAUAAAACCAAUGGUAGGAACAGCUGGAAAUGGUGACCUUGAUGCUCUGUUAAAGAAAAGACCAGGUAUACCGUGAGUGUUACCCAUGUUUUUUCCAGCAUGCCCAUAGAAUGUCUUUCCAGUUAUCUAAGCCAACCUUGAUAUUUGUUUCCCUUGGUGAAAACACCACUUGAGUUUUUUUGUUUUUGUUUUUUUUCCCAAGUAUAAAAAUUUGCUUUUGUCAUUUAUAUAACACCUGGUUUUGUUCUUAUUAGAAGAUGAAUACAGUUGUUCUGUAAAGGGAUAUAUCUAUUAAUAUCUAUUAAUAUAUUGGUCUUCAUCUGAUAAGGAAUUUCCUCAUAUCAUGUUUAAAAAAAUAUAUACUUUCUAAAUGCAGUAUUCCCACUUCUGUCUGUUCCAUUUUGAUGGGAUUCCAGAACAAAUCCUAAUCAUUGCAAUCCCCCUAAAACUAAAGGAAGGGGAUUGAGUCUCAUGUAGACUGUUCAUAUUACACAUAUAUAUUGCGAUUAGCUCAUGACUCCUGCCUCUCUUGAUUUGCAGUUUCCAGAUGUCCCUGUCACUUUCCCAAAGAACUUUUUUUGAAGGUAAAAGCUGUGCAAAAGGCAUGAGACUCAGGCCUAUACUUUGUUUAAAUGAUGGAAAAAAUAUAAAUUAUUUUCUAAGUAAUAAAGAUAUGAAAAUUAUAAUUGUAAAUAAAGUCUAAAGUUUGAAAUGACUGCUUUCCAAAAGUGAACUAUUUGUGUGACGAACAACUCCUGACUGAGAAGAGAAUCAUCAAAUAUCAUUUCUGUUCUACUUUGGGAGGUCUUUUUGGUGCUUCCAUGUCAGUAUGGGGAUCUCCACUGUCCUUGUCAUUUUCAAUAUUUCUAAAAUAAUAAUCAAAACCACAAUGAGGGUCUUAUCGUCCUCUUCUUCUAUCCUAAUCCUAAUUCCUUUUCUUGUUUACAUGCCAUUUUGGAAAUAAACUGCCUUUUACACUGACAAGCCUCCAGCAAAACAGAGUUCUGUCAACUUUCAUAGUCUAGAGUAAAUCAAGAUUAUCCUGUUCUAGAGAUGAUCACUAAUGUGUGCGGAGGGGAAAAAAAAUCAAUAAAAUUUCAAAUGCUAAUAGCUCAAUGCCAGAUAAUUGAAAGCUAAAACAUCUAUAUACUUUGGAACCAAGACUGAGUUUCUUUAAUUCACCUCUUUCCCAAUAGGCAGGAAGAUACUUUAUGGGCAUUGUUCUAAGUCAUUCAUUUUUCUCAUGACUUCUCCAUGAAGAGAAAUUAUGAACUUCUUGAUAUUGUCAGUCCAUUUUUCUAAGCUAGUCAACAAUGUGCAGCUUUAAGUUAGUACACAGAUUAGCCAUUUUAGGUGAACAGCAUUCCAAAAUAUAAUUAUUCUUAGAAUUUCUAAAACUGGGAAAUAUACCAGUUUUAAGGCCUAUAUUCAUCUCUGUUUGUUCCUCUAGAAAAUAUUCAAAUUCUUAUUGGGGUGAAUUAAUUAAACUAUAAGUGCUGAGUAAAUUAAACUAUACACCAUGCAUUCAAGAUCUUAAAUUGAGGUUUCCAUAAGCAUUUGUAUUUUUCACACUAAUGAACUGUGUCAGAGAAGAACAUAACCAUUCUUCAGUCUAUAUUAUAUACCAUGGAUGUUAGGCAAUUUGUGCUAUUGUCUAACACAUUUCAUUUGUUAAAAUGAUGCAGCUUUUAUCUUACAGGUGCUUUUACAUUACGUGAACUAAUCUUUAUGUUCAGACUAUCAAGUCAUUCUAAUAGCAGGUUAACAGUGGUGACAAAAAAUAAUAGGGCUUUUUGUUAAAAAUGUUUGAAGAUACAAAACUAAAGAUUAAGGCUUUGUUUUAUUGUUGGGACUCAGUAUUAAUCUGCUGACUUAAAAAUACUGUUACAGUAUAUAUUACUUCAGUGUAGGUAAGACUAAAAACUGUAUGAAAUGACUGCUUUCCAAAAGUGAACUAUUUGUAUGACGAACAACAACGUACAGAUGGAAAACAAAAUUGGCUUUCAACAUACACUUAAGGCUCUAAAAAGGAUCCAAAUUCACCUCAAUAUUGUACUGAUAAGUUUGAUUACCUUGACAGAUGUUGAUAUCCGUGGAUUUCUGCUUCUCUGAGGAGUUGCGGAAUACAGAAGAAAAGACAAGCCUUCUCCUAUUGAUAAGUACUGAAUAUCUCUAUAUUCAGAGAGAUUUCCUCAUUGCUUCGUAUCAAGAAGGAGUUUUUAAUCAUGCAAAUAACUCAAUCAAAAAUUAUUCAAAGAUAGUAAUAUUUAUCAUCAUAUGUAAGUACUAUUAAGAAUAUUUAAAUUGGAUUUAUUUUUUGAACCAAGCUGUUAAAAUUUUUAUUUAAUUAAAAUGAAAUCCACAAAAUGACAUUCCAUGGUAUAGAGAUGCUAAAUAUAUUGAUAUAAUCAGAACUAGUAUUAUGUAACAAAACUGGAAGGAAGAAUAUUUGCUUCUUUUUCUAAUGUCCUUCAUGCCUCAGGGAUGAAAAUGUUUUGUGAAGCGUUCAAUAAAUAAAUGAGAUAGAUAAAAAAUAAACAGUCCCAGCAAUUUAAUUAGAUUAAGUGUAUAAAUUAUAGUCUGAGUUCUUCUGAGCUACCCCAAGAAAAAGGAAUGUACUACCCACCAAUAUAUCAUGUUUUAGGUUUUAAAAUAGAUGGUCUAUUAAAUUCUAAUGGAGUUGAAAACCUAAAUACUUACCUUUACUACUAAGAAACAUUAAAUCUUAUUAAGCUUGACUUUCACAGAUGAAGCACUGACCAGUCAAUAAACCACACCCACUAAGUUCAUCGGCCAAGAGUGAUCAAGUGGUAGGUUGGAAUUUGAAAUUUAUAAAUAGAAAUUCACAAAAAUAUAUUUUUAAAGCUUUAUGCUUUAACUAAAUUUUGUGUCAGUAGAAAUACCUAGUAUUUCAAAUGAAACUAAAGCAUGGAAUUCUUCCUAUCCUUUAAAAAAAAAAAAAGUAUGGCUUCUCCUCAGUUUUACUUCUCUAACUCAAAGUUAUCAAAGGAAAAAUAAUCAGAUAUUCUCCUCUACUGUAACAAAGAGAUUGCCGUUCACCUUAAAUUCUAAUUGGGCACACCUAGUUUCAUUGUGUAGCUAUGGUACUAAAAAGCCAAAAAAAAAAA